AUGCCUCGCGCGAAAACAAAAUCAAUCACUGGCCCUAGCACCUCGAAUAAUCUAGCUAGCCACACAACCCAGGAAGGAACUGAUGAUAACAAACAUAAUGUUAAUAAAGGCAUAGAAGAUAUCAAAAUUAAAACUGAACCUCUUGAAUUAACAGAAGAAAAGUUAAGCCCAAGUAAAAUUGAUUUAAGUCAGUUUAAAUUUGAAAAGAAACCUCACAUAAAAAUUGAAUAUGAUAAGGAAUCUCCUUCAAAAGAGGAUGUAAAGGGCUUAUGGGAGCCACCUAACUGGAAGGAGUUCCUUGUAAACUUGAGAAUAAUGAGGGCUAACAAUGAUGCUCCUGUGGACACAAUGGGUUGUCACAUGAGUAUGGAUCCUCAUGCCUCACCGGAAACAUACAGAUACCAGUGCUUGAUAUCUCUAAUGUUGUCAAGCCAAACUAAAGAUCAAGUGACAUUUGCUGCCAUGGGGCGUCUCAGAGCCAGAGGCCUGACUGUUGACAAUGUACUGAGUAUGAGUGAUGAUGAACUGGGGAAGCUGAUCUAUCCAGUUGGAUUUUGGAAGACAAAAGUGCAGUAUAUAAAGAAAACAACUCAGAUUCUUAAAGAUCAAUAUAAGUGUGACAUCCCAGAUACUGUGGAAAAACUCUGCAAAUUACGAGGAGUAGGGCCAAAGAUGGCUCAUAUUUGCAUGUUGGUUGCUUGGGACAAAGUUACUGGCAUAGGGGUGGACACUCAUGUUCACAGGAUAAGCAACAGGAUAGGAUGGGUCAAGAAACCAACUAGUACUCCCGAAGACACAAGAAAAGCUUUAGAGACUUGGCUACCCUUUGAACUAUGGAAAGAAGUCAAUCACCUUCUAGUUGGAUUUGGACAAACCAUAUGUUUACCUAUUGGACCUACAUGCCAUGAAUGUUUGAAUAGGGAUAUUUGUCCUUCUAGUGGGAAAGGAAAGAAAUCUCCAAUGAAAAAUGUAAAACAAGAAAUGAAAAGUGAAAGUUCAGAUUUUGUAAAAGAAGAAGUAGACAAUGAUAAUCAAGUAACUGGUGUGGAAGCAAGUACGAGUAAGGAGUUUCAUGAUUCUGAAAUGAAAGAUGUGUGUGAAGUAAAUAAUGUAAAAGUGGGGGGUAAUAAUAAAUUAGAUUCAAAGAGUCAUACACUAACCAAAAAAGUUACACCUAAGAAAGUAUCAAAUGACAUAAAAGAGCCUGAAGUUAAAGAAGCUGGUGUUAGUGAUGAAAUGUUAAACAUUGAAGAUGCACAUGUAUCAAAAAAAUCACCUCGUAAGAGAAAAGUCACACCAACAAAAGCAAUAAAACAAGAAAAUAAUCUUCAAGAUGAUGAUAGUGAUGAUUUUGAAGACCAAAAUGACAACCUUGCUACUCAAAAUAAGAUUAGUAGAAAAAUUACACCUAGCAAAGGAAAUAAAAAACUAAAAGCAAGUCAUGAAAAUGCAAAAACACAAGACAAUUAUACAAACAGGAAUGAUAGCAAUCUUGAAGAAGUCAAACCAGAAGUUCAUGAAGAAGACCCUGAUUUUCAAGGAUCAAAAAUUGAAAAGAAAGUUACAAAACAUAAUGGAAAGGCCAAAAAGGUGCUUGCACAAAAAAGAUCGCCAAGGAAUAAAGUUUUAAAUAAACCAAAGCCUAGUGGAGGAAGUGAUGGUGUUCAAAACAGAACGAGAGGAGCCAAAAAGUUAAACAAUGAAUAA